AUGACAGAAGAGGAACUUAAAAUUCUUUGUUUGAUUGAAGUUGAAAAAUUGUUGCAAAUGAAUGGCAGAAGCUUGAAAGAUUAUUCCCAAAUGCCUUUUCCUAAUCAAGAUUUGGUUUCCCAUUUUUCAAAUUCUAUGAUUAUGAAUGAGAUGAAUUAUGAUGUAGAUCAACUUCGGGAAGAACAUGAUGUAAAUCUGGACAAAUUGACAGAUGAGCAAAAACUGAUCUAUGAGAGAAUAAUUGAUAUAGUUGCCAAUAAAAGACCUGGAUUCUUUUUUGUGUAUGGAUUUGGUGGAACUGGAAAAACAUUUCUGUGGAGAUUGUUGUCUUUCUAUCUUCGAUCAGAACGGAGAAUUGUUUUAAAUGUUGCUUCUAGUGGUAUUGCAUCUUUAUUGCUCCCUAAUGGGAGGACUGCACACUCAUUGUUUUGCAUCCCCAUUGAGCUGAAUGAGGAAUCUGUUUGUAGUAUUAAGAAAGAAAGUCAGCGAGCAGAACUCAUCCAUCGUGCUUCUCUAAUAAUAUGGGAUGAGGCACCCAUGACGAACAAGUUGGUGUUUGAAGAGCUUGAUAGAACUUUCCGUGACCUAAUGAGUUCAAAUGUUGCUUCGGCUUGUGAUAUUCCGUUUGGUGGGAAAGUUAUUGUUCUUGGUGGUGAUUUUAGACAAGUGUUGCCAUUUAAUCCGAAAGAAACUCGUGCUGAAAUAGUUAUGGCUUCAAUUAAUUCGUCAAUUCUUUGGAAGCAUUGUAAGGUAAUGUGGUUGACAAAAAAUCUUAGGUUGGGAAAGAACUUUGUUUUGUCAAAUUUGGAUGAAAUAAAGGAAUUCUCAGACUGGAUUUUAAAGAUUGGUGAAGGUUCUUGUGGGAAUCAAAAGGAGGAUGAAAUAAUUGUUGAUAUUUCAAGUGAUUUACUUAUUCCUCUAACUGACAAUCCUAUUCAGGAUAUUGUUUCAGCUAUAUAUUCAAAUAUUCAUGAUAACUAUGGUAAUGUUUCUUAUUUUCAAGAACGUGGUAUACUUGCUCCUACUGUUGAUAUUGUGCAACAGAUAAAUGACUUUGUUGUUGACAGUUUUCCUGGGACUGAGAAGGUUUAUUUGAGUUCUGACUCUAUUUGUCGCAGUGAUUGUCAAGAUAGGAUUGACACUGAUUGGUUGACAACUGAGUUUUUGAACCAAAUUACAUGUUCUGGGAUACCAAAACAUGCUCUUAAAUUGAAGAAAGGUUUUCCCAUUAUUUUGUUACGAAACAUAGAUCAAGCAAAUGGAUUGUGUAAUGAAACUCGACUCAUUGUUCAAGAUCUUGGAGAAAACAUUAUUGGGGCUGAAAUUGUGUCUGGAAGUAACAUUGGUGAUAAAGUUUUUAUUCCUCGUAUGAAUUUAAUACCCAGUGAUCCUGGAAUCCCGUUUAAAUUUCAGCGUAGACAGUUUCCAGUUAGUCUUUGUUUUGCAAUGACUAUUAAUAAGAGUCAAGGGCAAACAUUAGCUUUGGUCGGUAUAUAUCUUCGAAAAGCGGUUUUUUCUCAUGGUCAGUUGUAUGUUGCAAUAUCCAGAGUGACGACAAGGUCAGGAUUGAAGAUAUUAUUAUCUAAUGAAGAUGAUGAAAUGUUUAACCUCACAUCAAAUGUUGUUUACAAAGAAGUUUUUCAAAAAAUAUAA